CCGGCACAGCAGUCAGUCGCGACGUGACGUCAUUAGUGGAGAAUUAAACAUGGCGGACGGCGAGAAGUGAUGGACGGCUGAAAGUUGACGACGAGAAGAAGAGUCGGUGAAAUAAAUUAAUUAAUUAAUUAAAAACAAACAAACCGGUCCCGGUGUGAGCUGCGGAGACUCUGCUGCGUCACUAACGGUCGGAUUCAAACAGAGUUCCCGCGCGUCGAGCUCGUUUGUCCGUUGAGGCCUCACGAGCCGCUUUGUUUGGUCGUUUUAUCGUUUUUUAAUCGACUUUUUCAUUAAAAAUCAAAACUGUGACGCAGUUUAAACACCGGAGCUUUUUUUUUUAUAUCAUAUUUCGGUAUUUCGGGCGGGUCCGGUACCGCAACUUAAGCCCAAACAAAGCCACUUUUCCCCCGUUGAAGCGCUGGACUUUGCCUGGAAACAUGGAGUCAAAGCGGGCACAGACAAGCGGCACCACCUCCACCUCCACCUCCAGCAGCAGCGGUGAGUCCUCCGGCUGCGGCAGCCCCGCGUCCCCCAACUCCGGCGGCAGCAGCCCGGCACCGACAGCCACCAAAGCCCCGGCGGUGGUGGCGGUGGCGGCGGCGCCCGCUCCUGCUCCUCCUCCUGGGGGGAACGUGUUCGCCAACGACGGCAGCUUCAUGGAGAUGUUCAAGAAGAAGAUGGAGGAGGAGGAGAGGAGGAGAAAGGAGGCGCAGCAGCGAACAGGUGGAGAGGAGGCGAGAGCCACCGAGCAAGGACAGACAUCUGUGGAAAAGAAGCCCCCACCCGUGACGAGCUUUGUAAGGGGUUUGGCAAGUUUCCUCUUCAUUGGCAUUGGUCCAUCUGCACGGGCUCCUGUAACGGUUUCAGUCUUCUAUCCCCUAACCCAGGUGGGGAAGCGCCGAGGCGGGGUGUUCCUAAAGACCGGCAUGGUUGCGAAGAAGCAGAAACACGACACAGAAGUCGAGCCGGGCAAGAGCGACGCUUGGUCAAAGUACAUGGCCGAGGUCAAAAAGUACAAAGCCCACCAGUGUGGCGACGACGAUAAGACCAGGCCGCUGGUCAAGUGACACGACAAAUGUUUUGAGAAGCUCCAGGAGAGGCCGGCCGGUCCUGACCUUCUCACACUGCCAGUUCAACGUGAAGAGACAAACUGCUGAGAUUGACAGACCGUCUCUCUUCUUUCUUUCUUUUUUUGUUUUUGUAUCGUCUUUGCUUGUUUUCUGUUGGACUCUUUCUGUUUGAGAAUCGUACGGUAUUAUUGAUCAAUUGCUGUUUUGUUUUUGUUUUUUUGUCACAUCUGGUUUCAACUUAGGAGUUCAUUUAAUAUUUUUGAAUUUGAUUUAAAAUAGCCAAAAAAAACAAAACAACAAAAAUCAAGGUGUCAAUUAAAACUACACUGCCCAGUAAA